UCCUCUGGAGCUAAUUAACUCUGAAUAGACAGAUUCAGCUGAGAAGAGGAGAAAUAUUCGUCCGAUCGCUCUGGCAGGUAACCUGUUCAGUGUCUGCAAGAGCAAAGAUUGUUGAGGGAAACAGAGCAGAUAGCCAUGCCUCUUACGGUUCUUCCCAUGUUGGGCCCGAUUUCUGUGUCUGAGAGCCUCGUGGCCAUCAUCACGAUAUGUGUGGUGUAUCUGCUGAUGCGCCUCAUGCGUACUAAGAUCCCUGAAGGGCUCCAGAAGCUGCCGGGACCGAAGCCUCUUCCCAUUAUCGGAAAUGUUCUGGAAGUGGGAAACAACCCACAUCUGAGCCUGACCGCUAUGAGUAAGUGCUACGGCCCCGUCUUCCAGAUCCAGAUGGGCAUGCGUCCCGUUGUAGUACUCAGCGGAAACGACGUGAUCCGUCAAGCUCUCAUCAAACAAGGUGAGGAGUUCGCCGGACGUCCGGAUCUCUAUAGCAGUAAGUUCAUCAGCGACGGAAAGAGCCUGGCCUUUAGUACGGAUCAGGUGGGUGUCUGGCGCGCCCGUCGCAAGCUGGCCCUCAGCGCCCUGCGAACAUUUUCCACGGUGCAAGGCGAAAGCUCAGAGUAUUCAUGUGCCCUUGAGGAGCACAUCAGCAAGGAAGGUCUCUAUCUGAUUGAAAGGCUUCACAACGUCAUGAAGGCCGACGGGUGCUUCGAUCCCUUCCGGCACAUCGUGGUGUCUGUGGCCAACGUGAUCUGCGGGAUUUGCUUCGGCCGGCGCUACAACCACGAUGACGACGAGCUGGUGAGCUUGGUCAACCUGAGCGACGAGUUCGGGAAGAUCGUGGGAAGUGGCAAUCCUGCGGAUUUCAUCCCUUUCUUGCGUAUCCUGCCCAGCACAACGAUGAAGAAGUUCUUGGACAUCAACGAUCGCUUCAGCAAGUUGGUGAAGAAGAUCGUCAGUGAACAUUACAACACCUUCGACAAGGAUAACAUCCGAGACAUCACCGAUUCACUCAUCAACCACUGCGAAGACCGGAAACUGGAUGAGAACUCAAACGUCCAAGUGUCCGAUGAGAAGAUCGUCGGAAUCGUCAAUGAUCUCUUCGGAGCUGGUUUCGACACUAUCAGUACAGCUCUGUCUUGGGGUGUCGUCUAUCUAGUGGCCUACCCUGAGAUCCAGGAGCGACUGCAAAGAGAGCUGAAGGAAAAGAUCGGAACGGACCGUACGCCACUCUUGUCGGACAGAACGGACUUGCCGCUUCUCGAGGCCUUCAUUCUGGAGAUCUUCCGUCAUUCGUCCUUCCUUCCUUUCACCAUUCCUCACUGUACGUCUAAAGACACGUCGCUCAAUGGAUAUUUCAUUCCCAAAGACACCUGUGUGUUUGUAAACCAGUGGCAAGUCAACCAUGACCCAGAACUGUGGAAGGACCCUUCGAGCUUCAACCCUGACCGAUUCCUCACCGCAGACGGUACGGACCUGAAUAAGAUGGAAGGAGAGAAGGUGUUGGUUUUUGGGCUUGGGAAGCGGCGCUGCAUUGGAGAGUCCAUUGGACGUGCCGAGGUCUUCCUGUUCCUGGCCAUCCUUCUCCAGAGGUUAAAGUUCAGCGGGAUGCCAGGAGAAAUGCUGGAUAUGACACCAGAGUACGGGCUGACCAUGAAACACAAGCGCUGUAUGCUGCACGUCACGCCGCAACCCGGCUUCGAAAUCCCUGGCUCCGUGGAGUAAUCUGAACAAAAAACGACAUUGCAGUUUGAGUUGAGAUCCUCGCCAUCCGACACUAUCAGUACAGCUCUGUCUUGGGGUGUCGUCUAUCUAGUGGCCUACCCUGAGAUCCAGGAGCGACUGCAAAGAGAGCUGAAGGAAAAGAUCGGAACGGACCGUACGCCACUCUUGUCGGACAGAACGGACUUGCCGCUUCUCGAGGCCUUCAUUCUGGAGAUCUUCCGUCAUUCGUCCUUCCUUCCUUUCACCAUUCCUCACUGUACGUCUAAAGACACGUCGCUCAAUGGAUAUUUCAUUCCCAAAGACACCUGUGUGUUUGUAAACCAGUGGCAAGUCAACCAUGACCCAGAACUGUGGAAGGACCCUUCGAGCUUCAACCCUGACCGAUUCCUCACCGCAGACGGUACGGACCUGAAUAAGAUGGAAGGAGAGAAGGUGUUGGUUUUUGGGCUUGGGAAGCGGCGCUGCAUUGGAGAGUCCAUCGGACGUGCCGAGGUCUUCCUGUUCCUGGCCAUCCUUCUCCAGAGGUUAAAGUUCAGCGGGAUGCCAGGAGAAAUGCUGGAUAUGACACCAGAGUACGGGCUGACCAUGAAACACAAGCGCUGUAUGCUGCGCGUCACGCCGCAACCCGGCUUCGAAAUCCCUGGCUCCGUGGAGUAAUCUGAACAAAAAACGACAUUGCAGUUUGAGUUGAGAUCCUCGCCAUCGGCUCGCAAUGCCAAAUAUUUGAAAGAUGUUUGACUGCGAUGCAGGUCAAAGCAUCCGGUGCCUUUUACUGCAGUAAUGCUGGAUAACCCAGAGUGUGCAUGUGGCUUUAUCACCUUUAUCAUGUACAUACAUCUAUGUUUUCAUAUGCACAUGCACGUAUGCAUGGGUUUGUCCUUUCAAAACUCGAAUGCUGAUGCUGAUAACAUAUUUGUGCUUCCAAAUAUAGUGCACAGAUAACACUGAGUGCCUGUCGCAGCUCAUGCGCCUUAUGCUGCUUUAGUGCGAGUCUGUCUGACGAAUGCCUUCUAUAGUCAUAAGCUUAAUGCAGAUUCCUCAGAUCUGCUGGACUACAUACACUGAAGCUAUUUUCUGUUCGAUUACGAUCCCAAAAUGUGAUCCACUUGUAACUAUACAGCCACUUUUACCGUGCACAUUUUUCAUGUGACGUUUGUACAGACUGUUGAAGAUUUGGAUCUACCUUUUUAUAUUUAUCAAGGUGCUUCUGGACAUUCAAUAUCAUUCUAGAUCAAAUUUACUUCCCUGAAUUAUGUUUUUGUUGUUUAAUUGUCUCUAUGACCUGAUACUCUUUGUGGCAGGUGCUUACUGUUUUGUAUAAUGAAGGAAUUUAAUGUUCUGAAGUACUCCAAUUAAUAAUUCAUGCAAAUGUUUCCCAUAUCAACAUUGUUUUUGCAUAGCCUAUUUAUGAUUGCUAAAUGAAUAAUAAAACUUUCAUUGUUAA